GUGGGAAGGAUUUCUGUGAGGAAAUGUGUUUAUGUGGGACCAGGAGGUGAUUAGGCUUUUUUCAUGGCCAGACCCGCGGGUCGCUGCCUUUAUGUUGUGUUUGCGGGAAGAGGAGGUUUGGUUUUGGUCAAGAAAGGAAGCGUGUCUGCUUUUCCCCAGUCUGAAUAAGGUCACCCCAUCUCUGCUCUCCAUUUGCCUCCUGCUACUGCUUCUGCUGUUGGACUGUAUAACCCUGCAGUCUCUGUAGGUUCCAUUGCAAGAAUUGUAGCUGACAACACAUGGGAUGAAACUUUGGAUAAAAAUUAAGCUGGCCAUACACAUAGAGAACUGCUCAUUUCGUUAGGACGGCAAACAAGCUGAUGUCUGGCUGUUGUUGACAUCUGUGCACUACAAUUGGGACAUACUGCUGGGAUACUGGACAACAUCAUUGGUGCAAGGACACCGUGUGCUCUUGUUGGUAGAACUGCCGCCCGAUUCAUGCACUGCUGGACUGAUACACUUCUCAUACAAAGCUGACUCCAGCCCUACCAGAGCACAGAUUCAUUGAUGUUAUACAGUCUUUCCACCAUGCUGAUCUCACCUCUAAACACAAGUUCAUAAGGACAAUGGAUUUAGUCAAGUGAGGAAUAAGUCUGCCCAAGAGAGAGGUGCGCUGGCACAUGUCUGAAGAUCUUUCAUGGCUUUCAGGUAGAAGAAGAGAGGAAUUUAACAGAAUGAACUCUAUGGAUAGGCACAUACAACAGACUAAUGACCGUCUGCAGUGCAUAAAGCAGCACUUACAGAACCCUGCAAAUUUUCACAAUGCAGCCACAGAGCUUUUGGACUGGUGCGGUGAUCCCCGAGCUUUUCAGAGACCAUUUGAACAGAGUCUUAUGGGCUGUUUGACGGUGGUUAGCCGAGUUGCAGCACAACAAGGUUUCGAUCUGGACCUUGGAUACAGGCUGCUAGCUGUAUGUGCAGCCAACAGAGACAAGUUCACUCCCAAAUCAGCAGCCCUGCUUUCCUCUUGGUGUGAAGAAUUGGGCAGGCUUCUCCUGCUACGCCACCAAAAGAACCGCCAGAACGACCCACCAGGGAAACUCCCCAUGCAGCCCCCCAUGAACUCUUUGACCUCGAUGAAACCCUCUCUUUCCCAUGGUGAUGGGUCUUUCCCUUAUGACUCAGUUCCUUGGCAACAGAACGCUAGUCAGCCACCUGGUUCCUUGUCUGUAGUCACUACUGUUUGGGGAGUCACAAACACAUCGCAGAGCCAGGUCUUGGGAAACCCUAUGGUGAAUGCAAACAACCCACUGAAUCCUGGAGGCAAUCCCAUGGCAUCAGGCAUGAACAGCAAUAGUGCGGGUAUGAAUUCUCCACAGUUUGCUGGACAGCAGCAGCAGUUUCCUUCAAAAGGUGGUUCCAACCAAGCCUAUAUGCAGCAGAGUAUGUACGGACGACCCAGUUAUCCAGGAGGAGGUGGUUUUGGUGGCAGCUAUCCUGGUGGCCCUAACAACCCUUCAGGAAUGGGUAUCCCCCCUCACACUCGUCCUCCUGCAGACUUCACACAGCCAGCAGCAGCUGCAGCCGCUGCUGCAGUUGCUGCUGCUGCUGCCACUGCUACCGCCACUGCAACUGCCACAGUGGCAGCAUUGCAGGAGACACAGAACAAAGAUAUAAACCAGUAUGGCCCGGUGUGUUCCUCUUUCCAGAUGGGUCCAGCCCAGGCUUAUAACAGCCAGUUUAUGAAUCAACCUGGCCCACGGGUCCCUUCUGCCAUGACUGGGAGCAUGAAUCCAGCAGGCAUGGGCCCAAACAUGGCACCUUCCAACAUGAGUGGUCCGCCUAUGGGUAUGAAUCAGCCACGUCCUGGUAUGAACCCUUUUGCCGCUCAUGGCCAGAGAAUGCCUCAGCAAAGUUACCCAGGCCCCAGACCACAGUCAAUGCCUAUGCAGGGUAUGAAGAGGCCUUAUCCAGGAGAGGUGAGCAAUCCCAAUUAUGGAAGCCAGCAAUAUGUACCAAGCAGCCAGUUUCCCAGUCAGCCAGGACAGUACCCUAGUCCUAGUCCUGCCAGACCUAUGACAUCGCCCAACUAUCCAGGGCAGAGGAUAACUGGGCAGCAGAAUACAGGGCAAUAUCCCCCACCCAGCGUCAACAUGGGGCAGUAUUACAAGCCAGAGCAGUUUAAUGGACAAAAUAACAACUUUUCUGGGAGCGGCUACAAUAGCUAUAGCCAAGGCAGUAUGAACGGGCCCUCAAGACCAGGACCUGUUGGAAACUAUCCCCAUUCUCCAGUCCCAGGGAACCCCACUCCCCCUAUUACUCCUGGGAGCAGUAUCCCUCCUUAUCUGUCUCCCAGUCAAGAUGUCAAGCCUCCAUUUCCUCCGGACAUUAAGCCAAACAUAAACACGUUACCUCCACCCCCAAAUGCUAAAGGGAAAGUUCACACUUUCUCUCCUUCUUCGAUCUCAGCCAGCCACACAGAUGAGCUGCGUCUUACCUUCCCAGUUCGAGAUGGUGUGGUGCUGGAGCCCUUUCGACUGGAGCAUAAUCUGGCAGUCAGCAACCACGUGUUUCAUCUACGGCCAACUGUACAUCAGACUCUAAUGUGGAGAUCUGACUUGGAGCUGCAGUUUAAGUGCUAUCAUCACGAAGAUCGGCAAAUGAACACCAACUGGCCAGCCUCAGUGCAAGUCAGCGUUAAUGCCACCCCCUUAACCAUCGAACGAGGUGACAACAAGACUUCUCACAAACCCCUGCACCUCAAGCAUGUCUGUCAACCAGGCCGCAACACAAUCCAGAUUACAGUCACUGCCUGUUGUUGUUCACACUUGUUUGUGCUACAGUUGGUUCAUCGGCCUUCGGUACGUUCAGUGCUUCAGGGUUUGCUGAAAAAGAGGCUUCUUCCAGCUGAACAUUGUAUUACAAAAAUAAAGAGGAAUUUUAGCAGUGUUGCUGCUUCAUCUGGGAAUGCAGCGCUAAAUGGAGAAGAUGGGGUAGAGCAGACAGCAAUUAAAGUCUCACUGAAAUGUCCAAUCACAUUCAGGCGAAUCCAGCUUCCCGCACGAGGGCAUGACUGCAAGCAUGUACAGUGUUUUGACUUGGAAUCAUAUCUGCAGCUCAACUGUGAGAGAGGAACUUGGAGGUGUCCUGUAUGCAAUAAAACAGCACUGCUGGAAGGCCUAGAGGUGGAUCAGUACAUGUGGGGCAUCCUGAAUGCAAUACAGAACUCUGAGUUUGAAGAAGUGACCAUUGACCCAACCUGCAGCUGGAGACCUGUACCCAUUAAAUCAGAGAUACACAUCAAGGAUGACCCUGAUGGAAUUCCCUCCAAGAGGUUUAAGACUAUGAGUCCUAGUCAGAUGAUCAUGCCCAAUGUUAUGGAAAUGAUUGCAGCACUGGGUCCUGGCCCAUCUCCUUACCCGUCUCUCCCCCCACCUCCAGGAGGUGGGAACUCUGGUGACUAUGUUGGACAAGGUAAUAACUACCAAGGUCAUGGCAACUUUGACUUUCCCCAUGGAGCUCCUGGAGGAAACUCAAUGAAUGAUUUUAUGCAUGGACCUCAACUUUCCCACCCUCCAGAUAUGCCUGGAGGUAUGCCAUCCUUGGACAAACCACUUAGCCACUCCAUGCAGGACUCUAUGCCUCAUGUUGGAAAUUCUGAUCAGUCCCAUGGCUCCAUGCCUCAAGGCUUACACCCCCCUCAUCCGGGCAGUCAGCCUGGGCAGCCUUUACAUCAUGGUGGACCAGCACCUCAACCACGGCACCCACAACAAGCUGCCAGUCACCCACAUGGAGAUAUGAACUUUAAUCCAUCCACAGUCUUAGAAGGUCAACCUGGUGGCCCUGGAGCUCCUGACAUGCCUGAACCAUCGCUAGAUCUUCUUCCAGAGCUUACAAAUCCAGAUGAGCUUCUCUCCUAUUUGGAUCCUCCAGAUCUACCAAACAAUAGCAAUGAUGACCUUCUCUCUCUGUUUGAGAACAACUAAAAUUAGUGACUUAGUUCUGUCCUCCAUAAUGUAGCCUGCCUGACAACACAUGUGGGCACAGCAAUGGCAUCUCUACCAUCUUCCUCUGACUGCCCAUUUACCCACAUAGCUAACUGCACACUUGUGGGCAUGUUUGCCUCAAACUGAUGCACUCUCAGUGAUGCUGCUAAGGACUACAGUGGGUUCAGGCUAUCCAUGGACAUCACAAGUGCUCUUUCUUGGUUUUUCUCAUACUGUGGGAAACCUUAAGGAAAAAGCUAUCACACCAGGGAACAUGACAAGGAGAGUCUGUUAUGGGCAUACUGACAGACAUAAGGGUGACUCUUCCUAAUGCAUAUUGCUUUGUCCCCCUCCCACACCACUACCAUCUUAAUGCCAGCUGGAAAAGAUGAACUAAUCCAGGAAAUAGGGAAAAGAUGGAACAAACUAAUAAACACACACAAAGCACAAAGCUCCCUAGCAGUGACCACCUGAGGAUAUUAGGCACCAAACCGAAGACAGCCAUGCUGGGGGGCCCCUUGCUUCUUUUUUGCGUGUUAUGUGGGAUUUUUCCCCCUCUUUUUAUUGUGGCAUAUAAAAAAAAAAUUCCCAGGUUUCUGGCCAGACGUCUCCACGCCCCUGCAGUUCCCCAAGUGCACAGACUUACACAAUCCACAGGAACUAAGGGAUAGGAGAGCCGAACCUCCCACACUAAGGACAGCGUUCUUCAACCUUUUUACGUUUCUCUACUUUUUAGGCUGCAACAAGGGGCAUUCAUGUUGGUUUUUAAGGCAGCUUACAGACUUUUUUUGUGUUAGUUAAUUCUAUUUUCCCAACAAGACUGUUACACAAUAUCUGGCCUUUAGAUUUAGCACCUGGUGAUAAUUUUUAACUACAAAACCCCUCAAAAAAACUGUCAAAUUGUGUGUUAUUUGUGCAAUCUUCCUUCCCUGCCACCCUAUGACUGAGGUAACUUCUAGAGGUGUGGGUGUGGGGGUCUAAAUGCAUGUCCGACCCAGUUUCUGUGCUUCUGGUGUGUUAAUGCUGCUUGCUUCUGUAAAACUGUUGUUCAAUUUGUACAGAAGUGCAUGUGUGCCAAUCAAUGUUAUUUACUUUGUGUCUGUUUAACAUUUUUAGCUCUUAACCCUUUUGCUCAACCAGAGUCCAGCAAUGCACUGUGGUAGCAAAAAGGGUUAGUGCGGCUUCUGCAGAAUGCUUCAGCAACAGAAGGUUUACAGAAAGACAUCUUAUGGCUGUCUUGUAAGCAACUUCCCUUCUCUGUGUGCCAGGUUUAACAUACUGUGCCCUUCUGAUACUCGGUUGUUUUGAUUUCUGUGUGUUUUUUUUUCCUUGUACAGCUGUUAAUGACACACCAAACCUAUUUUUUUAUUUUUUGUUCCCUCUUUCUAUCACCAAAGUUGUAUUUUGUAUUUUUUUUAUUUAAACAAGGAAAAAAAAGAAAAAAAAAAAAAGAAAAACCACAACAAAACUUUUCUGCUCUUCUCUCUUUGCAAGAAUUUGACUUUUCCAGCAUUAUUUGGGGUAUGUGUCAUGUAGACUUCUAGGCUUUCUUUUAUAAAUGCAUCUCCCCAUUUUAUUUGUGAUUUCAUUAUGAUUUUUUUUUGUUUUGUUUCCAUGUCUUUUAAUAAGAUGGCAGCACACAGAGCUGUUCGUAUGCAAUUCAUUAUUUUAGCAAAACAAAAACAAAAAAAAACUAUUGUAAAUAUGUUUGAAAAAAAAACUGUAGAACUGUUUGUUGAUUUUAUGAUCUAGUGUGUUGUCUUAAAGAUUUGUCUCUGUUGGUUUUUGUUUUUACUCCAAUUUUGUUUGCUACAUGUGAUAUAUAUUUUUUUUAAUCAACCUUUCUCCUUUUUCACUUGUUCUUGCAGUUGUGCCUGCAUUGUAUUUGCUCAGUAGUACAUCUCCAGCUACUUUGGGAGUGAAGGGGUUAAUUAUUGGGUCCCUGCCCCUUUUUUUCCUAAAAGAUUCCUUUCCAUUAAGGGCAUGGAUUGGGUGAUACUGACAGUAGUAGCAAAACUGUCGCUUUUUAGAGCUAUGAAAUGUUUUCCACAACACAGGGACAAUACGUUUUUUUUUUUUAUUCAGUAGCACCAUUUUUUCCUUGUCCCCACCCAAAAUGUCAGAAAGCAUUAAUUUAUAGAUUUCUGUUGCAGUAAUGAAAAUGUAAGCUUGUAAAUAGCAUCACAUGAUAUUUUUUCAAGUAUGCACAUACAACAUAUUUAUAAUAUUAUGCCCUCCUUCUCCAUUUUGUAUAUGAAUAUAGUAUCCUCUUUCAAAUGUACAUUUUCACUGAAAGAAUAAUGUCCAAGUUUUCAUAUGCUGGUGAUCUUUAACCCAUUGAAAUAAAAAGAACAUGGUAUUUAUAGGCAUUGCACAGGUCGUCUAGAGAAACCUUAUGGGCCUGCCUUUUGGCAGCUGUAAUUUGAAGGAUGUGUUCCUUAGUUCCAGAAGGGGGUUCAUAAGGUGCCCGUGUGAUGAAUGCAGACUUUCCAAAGUCCGACACACACACAGUGCAACAGCAAGGAAGCACAUAUGAUAUUCUGUAGUCUUUACUUUCUCUCAUUAAGAGCUCCUGACCACCUCCAUUUUAAUAGAGCCAAGUAUUGGUAAUACACUAACACUUCUGAUUUCAUUAUGUCCUGCUUAAGAAUCUACAAACCAGUUUUGGUUUGUAGAUUCUGUUUGUUAGGAGAAUGAAGAAUAUCAUUUGACUGUAUCUGAAAAACUGAGGCCCUGGAUGAGUUAAGUCAAGAUAAGUCCCACACUUUGCCUCUGACUGACCAGUCUCUAGUGAAAGAAGGCACUUUUUUAAAACCAUUGGAGAGAAUAAUGCAGAAAUAAAAGAAUGUUCAGCAGCAAUGUCAAAGCUGUAGCGUUCCAUCUUUUGUGGACUACAUUUCCCAAUAUUCUUUGCAGUCUGCAACAACUGGAGUGCAGCAGGUUUGGCAACGAAAACGAAUAUUUCUUUCUCUUGACUCCAAAGCUUGAAAACCCAUGAAGUCCUCUCUGGCGCACUUACCUAGACCCAUGUAGUCUGAUAAGCUUUUUUUUUCUUUUGUUGCACCUUUUGUAUUUAGCUGUGAUAAAUUGUAUUUUAUUCAUUGAAACACUAUUCUUGGAGUUUUCAAAAUGUGAAUAUUUUCUGAGAGGACAAAUAGUGCUGAUACAUAUCUUUUGCUCUCUGCAGACACCGAGCUGAAAUUGUAUCUGUAUGUGUUUAUUACAGGUAAAGACAACCUUCAGCCAAUGCACCUUCGCAGAGCUACAGCCCCCUAGGCAGAUGGGGUGCAAAUAUGGUGUAGUUCCACAGUAGCUGGUGCCAUUCGAUCACUAAUAGAGAAGAUUAGGUGGUUGUGCCCAGAUGAUCAUGCCCAUAAUACACCUUUUUACUGCAUUUACAUUUUAUUUAGCUCAGUGCUUCCUCUUCAUUGUGUUUUUAAAAACUUUUACAGUCGGGUUUCUUAACUUUGGGUUCACUAAUGUUGUUAGACUGCAGGCCCUAGCAAGCUGGACGCUUUAUUAGAUGCUGAAGUAUGCGGGAAGUUGUAACCCAGCUUCAUCUGGGAGACCCAAGGUUAAGAAAUGGGGUAAUGGCACACAGGGACUUUCCUGGCAUGUUUUCUCUCUGAAUUUUCCCAGGGAAAAACACAAACCAAAAUACCAAGGAUUGCCUCUUAGAGAAGCUUGAUAUUCCCUUCAGGAGAUUGUUUUGAGAUGACAUGUGGCCCCAUAACCAAAGUGACCAAUACACAUUUCUCAGAGGCAGUUUCUCAUGUCUUGUAUUGGUUUUUUUCCCUAAGUUAAAAGGUCAAAAGGGACAAAAGGUCAGAAAACAUCCCAUGUGCCUUAAAUCCUACAUGGAGGACCUUAGUUUCAUACCAGGAAUUUUUAAUUUACAUUUGUCCCAAAAAAUCCAGUUUAGACUUGGUUUUUCAAAUCCUCAGCUAUUGGAACCAGUCUGUAAAAUGAGUCUGCAAGGCAAAGAACUUGUAUGGGUUUUUUUGUUUGUUUUAUGUCAAUGUUCAUUUUCGGUACAAUUUUUUAAUUAUUAUUCUUUGUGCUUCCCCACAAAAAAUUCAAAAGGACUGAAACCCGAAAAGUGGAGUCUAACCCUUUCACCACCAGAGAGGUUUUUUUUUUGGUGUGUGCACAGGAAGUUGACUGGGCAGAAAAGGAAGGUGUCAAAGACAUUUCUAACUGCAUACCCCUUACCCCUUCCACUAUAAAGAAGGUUAAAAUAUUAAAGCAUUGCCAGCUAAUGUUUAACCCUUUCAGUGCUAGAAUGGGUUAAAGUACUUAAUACAUCCUUUGUAAAUAUGUAUAUGACAAGUAGAGACAUAAAACACAGACACAUUCAUUUUCCUGGGAAUGUGUUUUUUUUUUCCAAAAAAGGUGGUUUAAAAAACAGAGAAAAAAAAAAGUGUUUCCAUACAGCAUGGAAACCAAGUUAUAUUCAGGGGGGAGGGCAGGCUUGGGAAUAUGAUGGGCUCGGGUGCAUUUUGUGAAAUCACAGCAUUGUUUCCACUCCUGUAAAAUACUUUGACCCUUUGUGAAAAAAAACUAUUUUUUUGUUUUUGUUCUGUUUUAUGUAUAUGUAAUAUUUUAGCUGACUUGCAUUAGUCCUGUGUCAUUUUUAAGGUGCUACAAAAAAUGAAAAAAAAAAUUAAAACACACAAUGAAGAAAAAAGUGGAUUAUGGGGGAAAAACAUAAAAGGAUUGUAACCAAAUUCUCUUUGUACAAGUUUUGAUAUAAUUAGGUGGGGAAAUGACAAAAUUCAAAUGAGAGCUCCAAUGGUACAAUCUGUAAUAAAACAUGCAAAAAGGGCCACUGUAUUUUGUCUGUACAUUGUAUGUACAAUUUAAUCAUUCAUAUUUGUAACUCCUUUACUGCCAGAAAGAGCACGCUUUAUCUUUCUAGCAGUGAAGGUAAUAAAAUGUUAAGAGAUAAAGUAAUUGUGCUUUUUAGUCUUGAAAAACUGUAUGUAGUUAGUUGUGUCCACCUUAUAUUUAUCAAAUAAAUAUGUACUCAAAUGAAACCUC